AUGUUUGAUGGAUCAACCAAUGCCGGACAUGCUGGUAACUGCCAGUGGGGAUUGGAUAUUGGGAUCCAUCAAGACAACUGGUCUCCAUAUAUUCAUUUUAGAUUUGGAGACGAAGAUCACACUUGUGAUGAUGACGAGGAGCUCAAGACAGGGCAACGGUUUGAAACGGAUCCGUAUACAAUUAGGUGGAAGCAGGAGGAAAAGCAACAGAAGGAAGAAGAGGCAAAGAAAUACCUUGGACAACCUCAAAUAAAACCAAGACGAAUAUUAAAAAUUUAA